UUUCUUUCUACUUCUUCGUUAAUGGGUUCCAGAAUCAGAGUAUUCUUCACAAUUUUCUUGUUUCUCCUCCUCCAAUCAGAAGCAGAAACGCCUGAAUCACUUCUCAAAGAGCUAUGUGUCAACAGCAAGAAUCCCAAUUUUUGCAUGGAAACCUUCAACGCCGAUCCUCGAACAUCCUCGGCAAAUGACAUCCUUAGCCUGGCGAAGAUUGGCCUAGACUUAGCCACAAAGGACUCACUGAAGACUCGUGAUCACAUCCAAGAGUUGUCGGCAAGCAAAAUGACUGAACCCCAGUUCAAGCCAGCUCUGAACCUGUGUGUUGAAUCGUAUAAUGGCAUAGCAGCAUCCUUCAGAAGCGCAUAUGGGGAAGUUGAAGAAGGAGAGUACGAGACAGCAAACUAUGAUACGCUGAUUGCUGCCGAUGAUGCUGGAAAUUGCAAUAAGUCAUUGGCCAAUGCCAAAGCUCGUAUCCAAUCGGUUGCCGAUAAAAUUCAAGUCACUAGAUAUUUUAGUGAUAUUGGAGAUAGGGUUACAACCCUGCUUUAGAAUUCCCAGCCUUCUACAUCUAACUUCUCAGAUUGUUUGCAUUUUACGAGCGAUACAGCUUACAACAUAAAUAAAAUAA